AUGCAUUUAUGUGAUGUUGAAAUGAAUUUAACUCGAAUUUUAUUAGAUCCAAUUGUUUAUGAUAAAACAGUACGACCGGCACGAGUUCAUACUGAUGUAACAAAUAUUUCAUUUGAUUUAUCACUUGCUCAACUUAUUGAUGUUGAUGAAAAAAAUCAAAUUAUUACAACAAAUCAAUGGUUAACUAUGAGCUGGCUUGAUCCAAAACUUACUUGGAAUCCUUUAGAAUGGGAAAAUAUCAGUUUACUUCAUAUUAAAUACGACAAAAUUUGGUUACCUGAUAUUGUUUUAUAUAAUAAUGCUGAUAAUCUUGCUUCAUUAAGUCAAAUAUCAACAAAUGUUAUGGUAUCUUCGGAAGGUAUAGUUACAUGGUUAUCAACAGGUAUUUUUAAGAGUUCAUGUGCUAUUGAUGUUCGUUAUUUUCCUUUUGAUGAACAAAAUUGUACAUUGAAGUUUGCGUCAUGGACUUAUGAUAGUGCUCGAAUUGAUCUAGCACAAAAAACAAAUAUUGGUGAUUUGAGUAAUUUUAUGGCAAAUUCAGGUCCAGAAACAUUUCCUGAUCUUACUUAUAUAGUACAAAUGCGUCGUCGUCCAUUAUUUUACGUAUUUAAUAUGAUUCUUCCUUGUUUUCUUAUUACAAGUGUUGCAUUUCUUGGUUUUUGUGUUCCAUCUGAUAGCGGCGAAAAAGUAUCUAUUGGUGUAACAACUCUUCUUUCAAUGACAGUAUUUCUUAUGCUUGUUACUGAUAGUAUGCCACCUAAUUCAGAUUCUUUACCUUUAAUCGGUGUUUAUUAUUUUUCUGCCAUCAUAAUUGUAAGCAUAGCAACAGGCAUGUCAGUUGCUUCUCUUAAUUUGUAUCAUCGUGGCAAACAUUAUCUUCAUCCUGUUCCAAACUGGAUGGUACGAUUAUUUUUUAUCAUAAUUCCAAAAUUACUUUUUAUGAAUAUUGAAUUUCCUAUUUAUUCACAAAAUCGAGAAGAAAAUCUUCUAAAAUGCAAGCGAACAAAAACGUCAUUUUCACUAGUACAAUCUGAAACAAAGAAAAAACAAACAAAACUAUUAAACAAAUAUUCAUCAAAUAAAACUGAUUAUACAAAUAAAAAUACUUCAUUACAUAAUGGUAAAAUGACAUUAUAUGAAGAUCCAAUUGAACCUAAUAUAACAAGUUCAUUAACAUCUUCAGAUAAUCUUCAUUCAUUUGAUUUUUAUACAUCUCCACCAUUAAUACUUCGUUCUUGUACAUCUAUACAAUCAUCAAAUAGACACCAACAACAAAAAUCUAAUGAUAAAAAUAAUCAAACUUAUUUAACAGACUUAUCAAAUAAAUAUUCGAAUAGUAUGAGAUUAUCUAUUGAUUAUAUACAUCGUAUUGUUGAACAAAAUGAACAUCGAUAUGAACAACAAGAACACAAUAGAAUUAUUACACAAGAAUGGCAAAUUUUAGGUCGAGUUGUUGAUCGUCUACUUGUUUUUAUUUUUUUAAUUAGUACAAUGGUUGUUUUUCUAUUUAUUUUUCUUCAGGCACCACAUUUAAGAUUAAAAUAA